GUACCAAAAACUAACAGUACUGAUGGCGCCCAUCAACUUUGUCGGUCCCAUAAUGGCCUGUAUCGGUAUCGGCGAAGUACUACGAGACAGUGGCCAUCGGGUAGUGUUUGCCGUAAGGGCCAGUUGGCGAAAAAAACUAACCGAAAUGGGUUUCUCGGUAGAAGUGAUUGGCGACAACGAAACCGAUCAGUCGACACCGGUUAUGGAUACGGCCGAACAGGGGGUCGAACUUAUUCGAGAUUGUAUGCAAAAUCAAUCGGCUCUACAGAUAUGUUUCAAACGUUUUUCGACAAUGGCCAACAUACUGGCCAUUUGCGAAGCCGACGAACCCUACUAUCGGGAUAUUAUUGACCGCCAGCGACCCGAUGCUAUCAUUUUGGACAACUUGAUUAACUUGCCGUCUGUUGUCAACUCGGGCUGCGUAUGGAUCAAAGCGGUCAGCGAUAGUCCACUGAUGCUUGAUAUGUGUCUGGAGGACAGCCGAUUGCCGCCAUCGCUAUUGGGACUGUCUAUCAAUGAUAAAAGUCUAUGGGAUUACUAUCGACAACAAGUCAAUGCAAUCAGGUAUCCAGUGUUCAAAUUGUUUGGCGAUUGGUUUCAAUCGCAUGGAUGUCCGGCACCGGCUGACAAUCAGCUAUGGUUUCCGUCUCCGUACGCAAACUUUUAUUUGACACCCAAAGAGCUGGACUAUACUGAUGUUAGGCCAAUGCCCGACAAUUUCUAUCAAUUUGAUUACUAUAAGCGUACAGUUAAUGAGGCCAAUGAGGAUGUCUUUGAAUUACCCAAACAGUUAAGACAGAGAUCAGGAAAAUUGAUUUACCUGUCGUUGGGAUCGACAAACAGCGCUGAUGUCGACCUAAUGAAACGUUUGGUGGGUUUGUUAGCCAAAUCCGAGCACAGAAUUAUUGUAUCCAAAGGUAUCAAUCACGACAAGUAUGAGUUGGCGGACAACAUGUGGGGCGAAAAGUUUGUCCCGCAAAUAAAAGUAUUGCCAAUCGUCGACCUAUUCAUAACACACGGCGGUAAUAAUUCGGUCACCGAAUGUAUGUAUUUCGGUAAACCAAUGAUAGUCUUACCGCUGUUCUGGGAUCAGUUCGAUAACGCACAGAGAGUCGAGGACAAGGGUUACGGUAUACGACUCAAUCCGUACGAGUGCUCUGAACAACAAUUAUUGCAAUCAAUUGAUAGUUUACUAAAUGACAAUCAAUUGGCGGAAAAGUUGAAAAAAGCAUCGAAAAGGAUUCAAACCGAAAGACAAAUAGAAAGAAUACCCGAAAUGCUUAUGAAAUUAGUUAAAGACCCGACCCGUUGGCUCGUAGACUACUAGUAGUGUUAGGGGGAAAAAAUUGUUAUCAUUUUUUUAAAAAAAUAUAUAAUUAUAAUCUAAUUUUAAAUAUUUAUAUAACU